CCAAUAUCACCCCAUGUAUAGCGAUGAACGUCACAAACUCCAGGUACAUCAGAUGUCGUAAAUGUUAUGUUCUAGUGUUGUAGUUUCUCGCACGUCUGAUCAUUAGUAAACAUCAAGUUGAUUCAUCAAGCAGUCGAAAACAUUGAAAUUGUUUUCAUUUUGACGAUCAGCUCGGGCUGAUGGUCAUUAGCACAUUAUCGUAUUCGCCCUCAUCGGGAAAGUGAUUACUCAUCAGCGAAUAUCCGGACUCCUGAACAAUCAGUUCAACGCAUCGUUCUCUUCUGGUGCAAUCCAUAGAAUGCAUCGCGUGAGAAUGGUUGCGAUUUGAUCCUACGUCGUAAUUGAAUCGUCAUUACGAAAUUGUGUUUUAUAUUAGUUUUUAAGCAAUCGAUCAACAGUGUUCCUAGUGCGGUAGGUUGCAAUUAGCUUAGCAAUGUCCAAACUUUAUUUGCUUCCAAUUGCGGUAUUUCUGCUGUUCAACUUUACCUUUAUUGGCACGUACAUAGCGGCCGUGCUCCAGGGACAUGUGGUCCCGACGGUGCCAUAUAUCAGCGAUGCAGCCACCUACUCCCCGGAGAGCUGCGUAUUUGGACAGCUGAUUAGCAUUGGGUGUGUUUUGUUGGGAAUCACCAUCUACGUUCGAUACCGACAGAUCCAGGAAAUUGGGUUGCGUCAUGCGGAUGUUAAGAGGGCGGUUGAACGUAUGAAUGGAAGAGCAUUCUGGGUCGGAAUGGGGUCCUGUCUGGGGGUCAGCAUGGUCGGUAACUUCCAGGAGACCAAUGUCCGACCUGUGCACUAUGCCGGAGCGUUCCUGGCGUUCGGGCUGGGGACCGUAUAUUACUGGAUGCAGGCAUACAUCUCGUACUAUCUUCAGCCCUACAUCGGUUCCAUGCUGAAGGCCCACGUUCGGCUGGCCAUCUCGGUGAUAUGCACCAUCUUCUUCAUCAUCGUUGCCGUCACCGGCAUAAUAUCACAUAUCCUGUUCAAUGGAACCGAUCCGCGCAAGUGGUAUCCCUCGGACGGUGGCUGGGAGUAUCACGUGGCCAGUUCGAUCUCCGAGUGGAUCGUCGCAACGGCGUUCUGCUUCUACAUUCUGACCUUCACGGACGAAUUCCGGGCGAUGCAAAUUGAUCAUCCACCGCUCCUAUUUAUCGAGGUGGACGAGUCUCGAAACUACGAACCGGUGAUAGAGGACCCCGCGGCGGAAGACACGGCCAGCACUGCCUCGUGAUGUGAUUCGUCGGUUCCGCUAAUCGUCGGUCCACCAAAGCCAGCAUCCAUCACCCAAAAACCAUCCAAAUUGAAUAGCUCCGUUCGUAAGCAGCGCUCGCUCAGCCUGAAUGAUCUUCACCAAGCGCAGAUGGCACCGGUCAAGGUGGAGCAGAUCUGCGAUAGCUUCAACUGCAUCAUCAACAUCAAGAGUUCGUUCAGCAGUCAGAUCAUGUCAGAAAGUGGGUUUCUCGAGUUGCACGAAGGGCUCCGGUCGGACUCCGGCCUGGACUGCUGCUCGUCCGAGUUGGAACUGUUCGAAAUGGUCCGCGACAAGAUGGACCCGAGGAAGAUAGCGUCUCUCUCGCUGUCACUGAUGCUGGUCGCCAUAUUGGAAGCGCUGCAUACGUUGACCGUGUAUUUUAGUGACAAUUUUAAGCAUAGUUAUCUCUAGGUUUAGGUUGCACCCGCUCCCUGAAGUGAUAUUACUUUAUUUUGUAUCAAUUUUUCUUCGUGAGGCUUAAGAUUAUUUUAGCAAAAGUGUAGAUUCAAUUCAUCGAAGGUAGAGGUUUAUCCAAGAACUGAUUUGCGAAAGCAUAACAAAGAAUUUCAGGAAAUACAUUCAGAGUGUAUCAA